AUGGAGGUACCGCUUGUUAAUUUUGAAAACAUGGAUGAUGUUGGCAUCAACCUGGGAGACCCAAGCGACUCUGGGUACCCGACCUCACCCACUUCAGAGGCUCCAGAUCAGAAUCUCUUAACCCACCGCCUGACUUCUCCUCACCAGUCGCCACACAGAGGACGACGUGGGCAUCAGUCUGGUCAAGACGGGUUGUCACCUUCCACUCCUCCGACUCUGACCACUAAAGCGAACUCCAGCAGUGGCAGUUUGAUCUCGAAUCUAAAGCUCCUGAUCAACAGUGAGUCUCCCACUGACAGCGUCUUCAGCAAGAUGCCGAAGGAAUAUUAUGAAAAUGAAGAUUUGUUUGAAAGGCACUGCCUGGAAGAGAAAGAUGAGAAAGUCGUCAUCAAUAUUUCGGGCCUGAUGUUUGAGACCCAGCUCAGCACCCUGAACAGGUUUCCAGAGACCCUGCUCGGCGACCCCAUGAAGAGGAUAAGCUACUUUGACCCAAUGAGAAACGAGUACUUUUUUGACAGAAACCGCCCAUCUUUUGAUGGGAUUCUCUACUACUACCAGUCAGGGGGUAGAAUCCGCAGACCAGCCAAUGUUCCCUUAGAUGUUUUUGCUAAUGAAAUAGUUUUCUACGAGUUGGGUCAUGAAGCGAUGGAGCAGUUCCGUGAAGAUGAAGGGUUUAUCAAAGAGCCCGAAGUCCUUUUGCCCACCAAUGAACUCCAGCGACAGUUCUGGCUCCUGUUUGAAUACCCAGAGAGCUCCAGCGCAGCCAGAUCUGUAGCUCUGGUUUCUGUGUUUGUUAUUGUCAUAUCCAUCUUCAUCUUCUGCCUGGAGACUCUGCCUGAGUUCAGGGAUGACACUGACUUUCUUCCGGGUUUGACCCAAAUUAUUAACGGCACCCAAGACAGUUCUGCCCCUCACCCUGCCACUAAAGACAUAAUGGCGUAUGUCACAGACCCCUUUUUCAUUGUGGAGACUAUUUGCAUCAUUUGGUUCUGCUUUGAAGUUGGUGUUCGCUUUGUGGUGUGCCCCAGCAAAAGUGAUUUUUUCAAUAACAUCAUGAAUAUCAUUGAUAUAGUCUCUAUAAUUCCCUACUUUGUAACCCUGGGAACAGAGCUGGCUACGACACCUGAUGACGACAUGAACUCCAGUCAGAACAUGUCCUUGGCAAUCCUAAGAAUCAUCCGUCUCGUGAGAGUCUUCAGAAUUUUUAAACUCUCCCGACACUCGAAGGGGCUUCAGAUUCUGGGGCAGACCUUGAAAGCCAGCAUGCGGGAACUGGGGCUGCUCAUCUUCUUCCUUUUUAUAGGAGUCAUCCUAUUCUCAAGUGCCAUCUACUUUGCAGAAGUGGAUGAGCCCCAGACGCAGUUUGUUAGCAUCCCCGAUGGCUUCUGGUGGGCUGUGGUGACGAUGACCACUGUGGGUUACGGAGACAUGUGCCCCAUCACUAUGGGAGGCAAAAUGGUCGGCACUCUCUGUGCCAUUGCUGGUGUCCUGACCAUUGCCUUGCCCGUCCCUGUCAUCGUCUCCAACUUUAACUAUUUUUACCACCGUGAGACUGAGCAGGAGGAGAAACAGGUGAUGGAUGCAGCAGCAGAGGCUGCCCAGAAAAUGUCAGCAGCUAACAAGUAUGGAAGCACACUUUCACUGAGCAAAAGUAAUGGCACCUGGCAGAAUGAGAAAAACGGCAUGCACUGA